GCCUCACACCCGGGCGGCAGGUUCCCAUGGCUUUCCCCACACCAAUGGGCGUCUUCGGGGUAAUUGUGGGAAAUGUAGUUCCGGGCGAGCGGGCUUGGACGCGCACGCAGACCAAGAUCCCCGACAGGCCCCACGCCUUUGCGUCGCGUCACGCAGAGCCUGCGCGGGGGGCGGGGCUGCGGCCGGGGAGUAGCGUCCCCAACGGCUCCCGCGGCGGUUCGAACUCGGUGCAGCUGGGGUUCACUCGUUCCCCGCGUGGAGUGUCUGAUGCUUCUACGCCCCGAACUCGGGAGAGGGUCCGAGGCUGAGGCUUCCGAACGCGGACGAGAGCGCGUCGUGCGCUGUUGUCAGGAAGCUAGAGAUGUUGAAAAGAUAAAGCAGAAUGGGGACCUGAUCCAUUGACUUUUGUAUGAGAGAGUCUUCUCGCUUAAGCAGAAGCAAAUUUGUGCAAACGAAAGGGGGGGAAAAAGAAACAUUUUCUCUGCGAUUACAUAGUGUCUCAUUUAAUUUCCUGUCACAGUUUCUUCCAAUAAGAUUCUUUCUGGCAAGGUACAAGAAAUACACUUCUUUUUUUAAGAAAUGGAAUCUAGUUCAUCAUACUACUGUAAUAAGGACAAUGAAGAAGAAAGUUUGCUUGCAAAUGUUGCUUCCCUAAGACAUGAACUGAAGAUAACAGAAUGGAGUUUGCAGAGUUUAGGGGAAGAGUUAUCCAGUGUUAGUCCAAGUGAAAAUUCUGAUUAUGUUUCUAAUCACUCAAGAUCUGAAAAACUCAUUCUGGAAGAUCUUUCUCAGCCUAACCAGCUUGGACUUUUGAAUUACAUACCUUACAAAAAAGUUUGUAAAAUGCCCACUGGCAGUACUGAUUUUCCAAAAAAGCCAAGAGAUAAGAUGUCUUUUUCAUCUUCCCCCAUGGACCAGGAGAUCAGAAAUCUUCGAGAGAAACUUAACAAACUCAGGCAACAGAAUGCUUGUUUGGUCUCACAGAAUCAUUCUUUAAUGACUAAAAUGGAAUCUGUCCACUUUGAAUUAACACAGUCAAGAGCAAAAGUUUCUAAGCUUGAAUCUAUUCAACAACAGGCAGCCAGUGUACCAAUCUUAGAAGAACAGAUUAUAAAUUUGGAAGCAGAAGUUUCAGCCCAAGAUAAAGUUUUGAGAGAGGCAGAAGAUAAAUUAGAGCAGAGCCAGAAAAUGGUGAUUGAAAAGGAACAGAGUUUGCAGAAGUCCCAAGAGGAAUGUAUAAAGUUAAAGGUGGACUUACUUGAACAAAGUAAACAAGGAAAGAGAGCUGAACGACAAAGGAAUGAAGCACUGUAUAAUGCUGAAGAGCUAAGUAAAGCUUUCCAACAUUAUAAAGAAAAAGUGGCAGAAAAACUGGAAAAGGUUCAAGUUGAAGAAGAAAUAUUAGAGAAAAAUCUAAUUAGCUGUGAAAAAGAAAAUAAAAGGCUACAGGAAAAGUGUGGUCUAUAUAAAAGUGACCUUGAAAUCCUGAAAGAGAAAUUAAGGCAGUUAAAAGAGGAAAAUAACAAUGGAAAAGAAAAAUUAAGGAUCAUGGCAGUGAAAAAUUCAGAAGUUAUGGCACAACUAACUGAAUCUAGGCAAAGUAUUCUGAAGCUGGAGAGUGAAUUAGAGGACAAAGAAGAAGUACUUAGAGAAAAAUUUUCUCUAAUGAAUGAAAACCGAGAAUUAAAGGUCCGUGUUGCAGCACAGAAUGAGCGACUGGAUUUGUGUCAACAAGAAAUAGAUAGUUCAAGGGUGGAACUGAGAAGUUUGGAAAAAGUUAUGUCCCAGUUGCCAUUAAAAAGAGAAAUGUUUGGCUUUAAAUCAUCUCUUUCUAAACACCAGAUGAAUAGUUUGUCAAACAAGGAAGACAAUUACAUUGGCUGCUGUGAGGCAAAUAAAAUGGUGAUUUCCGAAUUGAGGAUUAAGCUUGCAAUAAAAGAGGCAGAAAUUCAAAAGCUUCAGGCAAACCUGGCUGCAAAUCAGUUGUCUAAGAGUCUUCUUGCUUGUAAUGACAAACAAGAAAGUGGCAAAUUAAAUAGUUUAGAGACAGAACCGGUAAAAUUAGGAGAUAAUCAAUUAGCGGAAAGAAUAAAAGACCAAAAUCAACAUACUGUGAAUAAGCAAUAUGAAAGAGAAAGGCAAAGACUUGCUUCUGGAAUAGAAGAACUACGUACUAAGUUGAUGCAAAUAGAAGCUGAGAAUUCUGAUUUGAAGGUUAACAUGGCCCACAGAACGAGUCAGUUUCAGCUGAUACAAGAGGAGCUCCUGGAGAAAGCUUCAAACUCUAGCAAACUGGAAAGUGAAAUGACAAAGAAAUGUUCUCAACUUUUAACUCUCGAGAAACAGCUGGAAGAAAAAAUAGUUGCUUAUUCCUCUAUUGCUGCAAAAAAUGCAGAACUAGAACAGGAGCUUAUGGAAAAGAAUGAAAAGGUAAGAAGUCUAGAAACCAAUAUCAAUACAGAACAUGAGAAAAUUUGUUUAGCUUUUGAAAAGGCCAAGAAAAUUCAUCUUGAACAGCAUAAAGAAAUGGAAAAGCAGAUUGAAAGACUUGAAUCUCAACUAGAGAAAAAAGACCAACAGUUUAAAGAACAAGAAAACACUAUGUCCAUUUUGCAGCAAGAUAUAAUAUGUAAACAACAUCAUCUUGAAUCACUAGACAGACUCUUGACGGAAAGCAAAGGGGAGAUGGAAAAGGAAAACAUGAAGAAAGAUGAAGCUUUGAGAACACUACAGAACCAAGUAUCUGAAGAAACAAUCAAGGUCAGACAACUAGAUUCAGCACUGGAAAUUUGUAAGGAAGAACUUGCCUUGCAUUUGAAUCAAUUAGAAGGAAAUAAGGAGAAGUUUGAAAAACAGCUAAAGAAGAAAUCUGAAGAGGUAUACUGUUUACAGAAAGAACUAAAGAUAAAAAAUCACAGUCUUCAAGAGACUGCUGAGCAGAAUGUUAUCCUACAACAUACUCUUCAACAACAGCAGCAAAUGUUACAACAAGAGACAAUUAGAAACGGAGAGCUAGAAGACAUUCAAACUAAACUUGAAAAACAGGUAUCGAAACUGGAACAAGAGCUUCAAAAACAAAGGGAAAGUUCAGCUGAAAAGUUGAGAAAAAUGCAGGAGAAAUGUGAAGCAGCCACGCAUGAAGCAGAUCUGAAAAGGCAAAAAGUUAUUGAGCUUACUGGUACUGCCAGGCAAGUAAAACUUGAGAUGGAUCAGUACAAAGAAGAACUCUCUAAAAUGGAAAAAGAAAUAAUGUACCUAAAACGAGAUGGAGAAAAUAAAGCAAUGCAUCUCUCUCAGUUAGACAUGAUCUUAGAACAGACAAAGACAGAACUAGAUAAGAAGACAAAUUCUGUGAAGGAAUUAGAAAAAUUGCAGCACCACACUGAAACUGAACUAACAGAAGCUUUGCAGAAACGGGAAGCAUUAGAGUCUGAACUCCAAAAUGCACAUGGAGAAUUAAAAAGUACUUUAAGACAACUUCAGGAAUUGAGAGAUGUACUACAGAAGGCUCAGUUAUCAUUAGAGGAAAAAUACAGUACCAUAAAGGAUCUGACAGCUGAACUUAGAGAAUGCAAGAUGGAGAAUGAAGAUAAAAAGCAAGAACUCCUUGAAAUGGAUCAGGCACUUAAGGAGAGAAAUUGGGAACUAAAGCAAAGAGCAGCUCAAGUUACACAUUUGGAUAUGACUAUUCGUGAGCACAGGGGAGAAAUGGAACAGAAAAUAAUUAAAUUAGAGGGUACUCUGGAGAAAUCAGAAUUGGAACUUAAAGAAUGCAACAAACAGAUAGAAAGUUUGAAUGAAAAAUUACAAUAUUCCAAAGAACAGCUUCGAGAAAAAGAGUUUAUAAUGCUACAAAAUGAACAGGAGAUAAGUCAACUGAAAAAAGAAAAUGAACGAACACAACAAAAGAUGAGAGAAAUGGAAAGCGUUGUGAAAGAACAGGAACAGUAUAUUGCAACUCAGUACAAGGAGGCCAUAGAUAGGGAGCAAGAAUUAAGGCUAACUCGGGAGCAGAUGCAGAACUCUCAUGCAGGAUUGUUGGAGGCUCAUCGUCAACAAGUCCAAGCACAGAGAGAAGUAGAAAGGCUCUCAAGUGAACUGGAGGAAAUAAAGCAACUCUCUAAAGAAAAAGAAGCUCACGGACACCAUUUAGCUGAAGAACUGGGGGCUUCUCAAGUACGUGAAGCUCAUUUAGAAGCAAGAAUGCAAGCAGAAAUCAAGAAAUUGUCAACAGAAGUAGAAUCUCUCAAAGAAGCUUAUCAUCUGGAGAUGAUUUCACAUCAAGAGAACCAUGCAAAGUGGAAGAUUUCUGCUGACUCUCAAAAGACUUCUGUUCAGCAACUAAAUGAACAGUUAGAGAAGGCAAAACUGGAAUUAGAAGAAGCUCAGGACACUGUAAGCAAUUUGCAUCAACAAGUCCAAGACAGGAAUGAAGUAAUUGAAGCUACAAAUGAAGCAUUACUUAUUAAAGAAUCAGAAUUAACCAGAUUACAAGCCAAAAUUUCUGGACGUGAAAGGGCAGAAGACAUCAAGUUUCUACCAGCCCUGCUUACAUCUGCAACAGAAAUUACGCCUGACAUUCAAGAUCCAAAAUUUGCCAAACAUUCUCACACAGCUUUUUUCAAGUGUAGAAAGCUACGUCGCUCUAUUAGUGCCAGUGACCUUAGUUUCAAGACACGUAGUGAUGAAGAUUUUUCUGAAGAAUUACUACAGGACUUAAAAAAAAUGCAGUUAGAACAGCCUUCAACAUUAGAAGAAAGCCAGAAGGAUCUGACUUACACCCAGUCAGACUCAUUUAAACCUCUCACGUAUGACCUAGAAGAUGAUAGUUCUGAGAGUAAUGACUUCAGUACUCUCAGUGGGAUGCUAAGAUACAUAAACAAAGAAGUGAGACUAUUAAAAAAGUCUUCUAUGCAAACGGGUGCUGGUUUACCUCAGCUGCAGAUGGCACCAAAUACAGUGUAUGUAUAAAUUUUGAUAAAUCUUAACUUUUUAUAAUAGGUUUGUAUUUUUGCACAUGACAUACUUUUUUCUUAAUUUUUCGGUAUUUCUAGGCUGUGAGGGUCUUCCAUGAGUUUUUAUCAAAUUGCUGCAAAUCUCCAAAAAAAUUUUCCAAUAUACUUAUUGAAAAAAUUAGCAUAUAAGUGGACCUGUGCAGUUCAAACCUGUGUUAUUCAAAGUCCAACCCAUGUUGUUCAAGAGUCAGCUGUAUUGGAAAAUAUUUUUGGAGCUCCAAAAUUAGUUGUGUUUCUAGACUUCCUGGAAACCAUUCUAGUAAAAAAUUAAGGUGACCUUUGUUUUGGUCAUAGACUUCCACAGUGGCAGAGUAUCUCACUUACAUAAUUUAUCUACUUCCUUUAUUCCUUGAGUGUAUCAUACUAAAUAGGCAGUCUGUCCCUAUUACACAUACCUUACAGACACGCAGCUGUUUUUUUUUUUAAAGAUUUUAUUUAUUUGAGAGAAGAGACAGACGGAAAGAGAGAACCUGUGCACAGGAGCUGGUGGGGAGGGGCAGAGGGACAAGGUGACUCCCUGAUGAGCUGGGAGCCUGAUGUGGAAUUUGAUCCCAGGACUCCAAGAUCAUGCAUGACCUGAGUCAAAGGCAGACACUUAACCACCUGAAACACCCACGUACUCCUCAACAUUUUUUAUAAGCAUUUAAUCUAUAAUUUGCAUAUAGAAAUAAAGAAUCCCUUCCAGAGAAAUCCAGCUUUGUUUCAUUUUCAAACACAUCAAAAUAGCAUUGGUGGCCCAAAAUAUUUAAAUAUUUAAAAAGCAUUUUUCCAAGACAAAGACUAUUAGACCUUCUUUUCAUUUCUCCAUGUUGAAAAGAACUUAAUUUACUACUUAUCAGCAAAAAACUGUUUAAGUAAUAUUCUUAUUGUUAAAUAAAAUUUUCAAAUUCUUAUUGUUAAAUAAAAUUUUCAAAUGAAAUUUCAAGUAUAUAGCAAGUCAGAUGGAAUAGUAAACUAGGCAAUCGUAUAUAAUGCCCGAUAAAAUCAUUUAUAAUGCCUGAUAAAAUUAGUUUUCAUCUAGCCUUUAAAAUGAUAGCUCUGUUGAUUUUUUAUGAUUUAUUCAGCCAUUUCAUUAUUUGUUGAGCGUCUACUAAUACACCAGGCACUGGAAUUAUAGAAAUAAACAAAAAUGGCCAAGACCCUGUCUAAACAGAGCUUACAUUUUAGUUGGGAGACCAUCAGUAAACAAAUAAAUAGACAUAUGUUCUAAUGCUAGGUGGAAAUGUGUAAGAGCAUGCAGUGUGAUGGGGGUACUGUUUUAGAUAGGGUGGUCCGGGAAGGUGUCUCAAGAAGGUGACAUUUGAUCAGAGUCUUGUAGGAAGUAAGGAAGUAAGCUAUCUGAAGGAAGAGCAUUGGAGGAAAGGGAACAACAGGUACUAAAGUCCUGGGGUGGUAGCCUACCCGGAAUGUAGAAAAAACAGCUAGGAGGGGUACUGCUGGUUUGGAAUAAACAAGAGGGAAAGUAGUAGGAGAGAAGAGAUGAUGCUAGGUGUUGGGUAGUAAGAUGGUGGUGGGGGUGCUCUAGCGGUGUUGUAGCUCCUAUUAGAACUUUGGAUUUUAAUGGAAGUGUGAAGGUUCUGCUUAGGGAAGUGACAUUUAUCUGAUUUAUGUUUUUAAAGGAUCACUCUGGCUGUUUUAGGAAGAAUGGAUGAUAAAGGAACAAGAGCAGAGACUAUCCAGGAGGCUACUUGUAGUAAUCCAGGCAAGCGAUGAUUUGGGGUAGGCAGGAGGAUAGAUGUGGAAAUGUUGAGAAUAGUUCCAUUUCUGGAUAUAUUUUGAAGAUAGAGCCAACAGGAUUUAAUGUAGGUCUUGAGCAAAUUAGUAGUCAAGGAAGACUCUAAAGAUUUUGGCAAGAGUAACUGAGCUUUUACUCAGUUGGGGAAUACUAGGAGAUGAGCAGAUUUGGAAGCAUGGAGAGUUUAAAAGAUUGACUUUAGAUAUAAUAAAUUUGAGAUUUCUAUUAGAUGUUCAAGUGAAGAUGACAAAUGACUGGGUUAAUGAGGCUAAAGUUAUAAAUUUAGGUAUCAGCAUAUAGAUGGUUGCUAAAACCAUAAUGCUGGAUUAAAGCCAGGGAAUUAGUGGAGGUAGAAAAAAGCAGCCCCCAAAUGAAGCCCCUUAAUUUAGUAAGGCUAAAUUAUUUUUAGCAUUCAAGAAGUUAAGGAUCUAAUAAAGCUAACUGAGAUUUAAACCGUGAGAUAGAAAAAAUAAGAAAAACAUAAUAUAUCACAUGUUUCAGAAAAGAUUAAAUGUUGCUAAAUAAAGUGAGGAUUAAUAAUUGAUAUAUUUGGUAUUAUGCAAGCUGUUGAUGACAUUUAUGAGAGUGGCUUCAGGGUAAUAGGAUAAAGACUGGUUGGAGUAUGAUCAGAAGAGAAGAGGAGGAGAAGAAAAGGAAACACCAAGAACAGGCAACUCUUUUGAUGUAAAGAAAUGAGAGAGAUGAAAUGUCAAGGGAGAGUUUUGUUUUGUUUUUUUAGAAUAAGAGAUAAAACAGCAUUUUAUUGGUGGGAAUGAUCUGGUAGGGAAACAUAAUUCAAGACAGAGAGUAGAAGGAAUAAAGUUCUUAAGGUAGACUGAAAGAGACAGAAUCCAGCAGAGAAAUAGAAUUGGCCUGGGAUAAAAGGAGACAGUUCAUCUACUGUAGUGGGAAAGAAAGUACAAUAUAUGGUUACAGAAACACAUGGAGUAGAAGAUUUGGUGAGAAGGGAGCAAUUUCUUUAUUGAUUGCCUUAAUAGUGAAGGUUUUCUUGGUAAGAUUAUGAGCUAUGGCAGGUAAGGCGCUAGAGAAUUAAGAACAGGAAAGGCAUAUGAAAUAGUUAUCUUGGAAAAUGAGAAAAUAUAAAAGGACGAGGGAAGUCUAGUAGGAUUGCCAGGCAGAUAGUUUUGUUGGGAGAAAUAGCCCUGCAAAUAUAUCUGGCAUCUUUUGUCCUUCUCGGUUCAUGCCAGCAGCAGGAUCUCCCCAUCAUAAUGACAACCAAAAAGAACUACAACAAGUUUUCAGAAUGUUCCCCAGGAGGGGAGUACUGCUUUCUUUGAGAACUUCUGCUCUAUUCCAGUGGCCCUAGAGUCCUCCUAGAUGUGCAACAGUCUAUUUCUGGUAAAUAGAACUUAUUUUAUAUAGGAUAAACUUGAUUAGAAAAGUGACAGAUUGUAAUCAUGGUAAUACACUGCAUUUACUAUAUGCCAGGCACUAUUUUAAAUGCUUUACAUAGAAGCUCCUGGUUGGCUUGGUUGGGUGUCUGACUUCGGCUCAGGUCCUGAUCUCUCAGGGUCAUGGGAUCCAGCCCUGCAUU